AUGCCAUGCUAUGCAGAUACAAUCGUGAAGGUAAAGAUUGUUCGCCAGACUGCGAAGGAAGAAGAUAAUUUGUUAGUAGUUUGGGCUGUUGGUUCAUAUCCAGUUGAACGCGAAGAUAAUGAUUUGGAAAUGGUUUUAUUUGUGCCGAUUGAUUCAAGCAAGAGAGAUCCUGAAACUCAGGCUAUAUUUGAGAGAAAUAGCUUUUUUUCUGUUGGCGGGAAGAUUUUACCUGGGUAUUAUGAAGGCAAUAAGAGACCGAAGGAAUUACCAAAGGAAUUUAAUAGUAAAGAUGCUGUUUUUUGUGUUAUGAUAAGUGAUUAUAUUAGUGGUCAGGAGUAUAAUUUUCCUGUUAAAGUUGUUUUUCUAUUUUUGAAUCCACGAUUUGCACAUUUGAGGAAUACUGUUCACCCACAAGAAUCUCUUGUUUUUAUUGUUGGUGAUGUUGUUCAAGAUAAUGUGUCUGAUAAUUCAUUGAAGAAGGAGAAUUCUCAAAAGAAGAGAAAAGGAAAAGAAGUUGUAUGUGGUUCUCUAUGUAGUGCUUUAAGAUCUUAG